AGAGAGAAAGUUUGGGUCCUAACCUAAAUAAAUAUAUAAUGACUCAUUGCUGUGUGAUUUUUGUAGUAUCAGGGGGAAAAAGGCCUGCAGCCAUGGCUAUGGCCAGGGCCGAGGCCAGGGGCCGUUUGUUAGGGUUUGAGAAAGAGGCUUUGUUUUGUGGUUUUGUUGCAUGUUUGCGUGUGAGUGGAUGAUUUCUGAGGUGAGUGUGUGAGAAAGAGGUGUGGUCAUGUGCAGGGGUUAGAGAGAGUGUGUUUUGUGAGGUGGGGAGUGAGAUUUGUUCACCCUUCUUCCCCUUUGCAUCAGAGCUGUUAACCAUCAUGGAGAACAAGCUAGUGGUGCUGGGAAUCCCUUGGGAUGUCGAUACAGAGGGCUUAAGGGACUACAUGAGCAAAUUUGGGGAACUGGAAGAUGCCAUUGUCAUGAAGGAGCGUUCAACUGGUCGGUCAAGGGGCUUUGGCUAUGUUACUUUUGCUUCAGCUGAAGAUGCCAAGAAAGUUCUUGAAACUCAACACAUUCUUGGGAGCAGAAUGCUGGAGGUCAAAGUGGCAACACCAAGGGAGGAGAUGAGAGCGCCUUCAAAGAAAAUUACCCGGAUAUUUGUUGCCAGAAUUCCCCAUUCUGUGACAGAAGCAAUGUUUCGGGAAUAUUUUGAGACAUAUGGUGAAAUCACUGAUCUAUACAUGCCUAAGGAUCAAACAACAAAGGGACAUCGAGGAAUUGGUUUUGUGACUUAUGAAAAUUCAGAAUCUGUUGACACAUUGAUGGCAGAAACUCAUGAGUUGGGUGGUUCUACAAUUGUUGUUGACCGUGCAACACCCAAGGAAGAUGAAAUAAGGCAGCCAAUGAGAGCACCACCUGGCGGAUAUGGUGCAUACAAUGCCUAUAUCACUGCUGCAACUAGGUAUGCAGUACAAGGGGCACCUACAUUAUAUGACCAUCCAAGCUCGGUUUAUGGAAGAGGUGUCUCUGGGGCAGCUCAUGGGAUGGGAAAAAAGAUCUUUAUUGGUAGGCUUCCUCAAGAAGCUACUGUAGAAGAUUUACGCCAGUACUUUGUGAAGUUUGGUCGUAUCUUAGAUGCAUAUAUUCCAAAGGAUCCAAAAAGAACAGGCCACAGGGGCUUCGGUUUUGUGACGUUUGCGGAGGAUGGUGUGGCUGAACGUGUAUCUCGAAGAACACAUGAGAUUCAUGGACAGCAGGUAGCCAUAGACUCUGCGACACCACUCGAUGACACGGGAACAAGUGGGCCUUUUGUGAGUGAUGCAAUUGAGCCAAUGGCCGGUGGCUAUGGAGGUCCAAUGAGAGGUUAUGGUCGGAUUUACAACGGAAACAUGGAUUUUGAGGAUUGGGGUUAUGUCAACGGCGGAGGUGGACGUACGUCAAGAAUGGAUUGGAGGUACCGGCCUUAUUAGUAAUCCUUGAGUGUUUGGAAAAUGCAUGCCUGUGGGUGCUUAUAUACCUGACAAUUUUACUUGGAUGUAGUGUCUUCAUGAAUUCAACUUGUUUUAAUUUUUCCUCUUAUAUGACUUAAUGAGCUAAAACAACAUGCAAUACGACUUCCUGACCCAGCCGUAUUAUGGAUCGUUGUUGUACCACUCAUUCAUUUAUCUUAAAUGCGUGCAUUGAGUGUGUUGCAAAUUA